UGGCAGACAGCUGGAGGCUUAUAGACCGAUACAAACGGGUUGUGUGGGAGGGAGAAUGACAGCGGCUCUGUGGCUCUUCACCUUGGCAAGGAGGAUAUUUACACCGGAGAACCUAAACAACACCGCACGUAUGAUGAAAAUGCUUCAUAUGUAAAGAAGGGUUGUGGAUACAUAGAAUAACAUGCGAACAAGGGAGGAAAGAGACAUUUAAUUUUUCGGGGAUCAUAUUUCUGCCACUGUUAAAAAAGGCCUAUUUAAAAGACAUCUCAGCCCAAAACGGGGAAUAUGGGCUCAAAAGGAGUAGAGAGACGUAAACAGGCCACCCCUGGCACGACCCCUGAGGGCAAUGUGGUGAUGAGCUUCAGUUUUGAAAGCUAUCAGCUGGAAGAAGAGGACUGCCAGGUGAAAGACAUCUCUGAUAAAGGAGUGCUGGCCCUUUCAGAACCUGUGUUUGAGGAACCUAUUCCAGAUGACCGUUACCAUGGGAUCUAUUUUGCCAUGCUCCUGGCUGGAGUGGGCUUCCUGCUGCCUUACAAUAGCUUCAUUACAGACGUUGACUACCUGCAUCAUAAAUUUGAAGGAACAUCUAUCGUGUUUGACAUGGGUUUAACAUAUAUUCUUGUGGCCUUAGUGGCCGUGAUCCUAAACAAUGUUCUGGUGGAGAUGCUGAGCCUGCACACCAGGAUCACUGUGGGUUACCUCUUUGCACUUGGACCUCUGCUUUUUGUCACCAUCUUUGAUGUGUGGCUGGAGAAGUUCACCACAAAGCAGGCUUACGUCAUCAAUCUGAUGUCUAUGGGCACUGUGGCAUUUGGAUGUACAGUGCAGCAGUCCAGUUUCUAUGGAUACAUGGGGAUGCUUCCCAAACGCUACACACAGGGCGUGAUGACCGGAGAGAGCACUGCAGGAGUAAUCAUUUCACUCAGCCGAAUCUUCACCAAACUCUUGAUCAAAAACGAGAGGAAGAACACCAUCAUCUUCUUCGUCAUUUCCAUCUGUAUGGUGCUGGUUUGUUUUGUUCUGCACAUGCUGGUGCGACGGACACGCUUUGUCCAAUACUACACAAGUCUGGCACGACAGGGCCUGUCCCAUGCCAAAGACCACCCCCACCACGGAACCCAGUACCAGGUCCACCAUGAUGUCAUUACAGAAGAAGUAAGAUUUGGUAAUGGUGCAGUGGGCUCUUCCCCAGCUGAAGACGGCUGCACAGAUUUUGCUGGAGGAAACACUUAUGUAAGAUUUGAUGUGCCCAAACCAAAGAUUAAACGGAGCUGGCCAGGCAUCAAAGACAUGAUCCUGCAUCGUUAUGUAGUUGCCCGGGUGAUCUGGGCUUACAUGCUUUCUAUUGCGGUCACUUACUUCAUCACAUUGUGUCUUUUCCCUGGACUGGAGUCUGAGAUCAGGAAUGUCACACUGGGGGAAUGGCUGCCCAUCCUGAUCAUGGCCAUCUUCAACAUAUCUGACUUUGUGGGCAAAAUCUUGGCAGCCGUGCCGUAUGAAUGGAACGGGACUCGUCUUCUCUUCUGCUCCUGUGUGCGAGUAGUUUUCAUCCCUCUGUUCAUCAUGUGUGUGUAUCCCGCUCAGAAGCCCACCUUCAGCCACCCAGCAUGGCCUUGCAUCUUCUCUCUCCUCAUGGGCAUCACUAAUGGCUACUUUGGCAGUGUUCCCAUGAUUCAUGCUGCAGGCAAGGUGGCACCUGAGCAGAGGGAGCUGGCAGGGAACAUAAUGACUGUGUCCUACAUGUCUGGACUGAUGUUGGGCUCUGUGGUCGCCUAUGCUGCCUAUAGUUUCACCGCUUCAGGCUCCAUCUUCCACUCAGAGACUGGCUACAACUUCACCCAGGGGUACUAGUACCCUAGUCCAAGCCAAAAAAACAUGUCUGUUCCUGUCAUCAAUCUCAUCAGGAGGCACCUUUGCCACACUGUGUAGCAACUCCACAGUUCCCAUUAAUCAGACCUCUGCUGCAGGCUUCUUUUGGCCCGCCUGCAAUGCUGUGUGCCUGUGAAUGUAGUCAAAUAGAUGAAGAAACAAGCUUUGACACUGUAAAGAGUUAUAUAUGUGUUCUGUUGCCUCUUUUGUUCUCCUGUUGCCACAUGUUCUUUGACGGCGCUUUCGUUAAGAUGCCAAACAUUAGUUGUGUGGUGAUAAAGAUGGUAGCACUGUGAAAAUCUGGGGUGAAUAAGUUUGAUGUUUCUCCUUGUUUAAUGUCUGACUCCACAUUUUGUGGUGUUGUAUAUGGUAUUGACAGACAAACAUGAACGUUUAUGAGUACAUUCUGACUGGACCGAGGAACUGUACUAGAUGAGGGUCAUUAUAUAUGAAUGCAUGUAAAAGGGAUUUGCCAAAAAGAAAACCAUAGUCUUUUGAGUGCAAUAUGAAUACUGGACCUUUUUGCUAAAGCUAACUGAAUGUAAACAUCUCUAAAUAAAUGCUUCUUCUUUUUCUUUUCUUUUUUUAAAAAUGUUCCUGCAUUUUUCUUUUAGCAUUUUUAGUGACCUUAUCUUCAUGCGGUCAAGUCACCUUUAUUUAUAUAAAGCUUUAUACAAUACAGAUUGUUUCAAAGCAGCUUUACAGUGAUAAACUGGAAAAUAAUAGUUUAAUGAUGCAAGCAAUGAUGCUGUUAAAAGAAAAUAGUGUCAUUGUUCAGCUAAAGUCAGUUCAGUGUUGAUUCAGUUCUGUUCAAUAAGUGAUUUGAGUUUAAUUCAGUUAUAACGCAGCUCUGCAGAAAAUAGAGAUCUCACUGUCCAGUUCAGUCAGUUCUCAUCCAAAAGCGUCAAUACAGUCAAAUCAAUAAUAUUGCUGAAUAUUAAGUGUUCCAACUAAGCAAGCCAGAGGCGACAGUGGCAAGAAACCCAAACUCCAUUGGUGACAGAAAUGGAGAGAAAAAAGAAAACUUGGGAGAAACCUGUCGGGUUUCGAACAAACAAGCUGUGAUUGAUUCCAGGCUGCAUCAUAAACCAGCUUGUGAAAUUAUAUCAUUGAGAAUAUUUCAUCCAGUUCAUAAAAUGACAUCACAGUAACCAGAACAUCCAUUUUUUAAAUGACAAAAUCGUUACAUGAAAGAUGAAACCUGAUUGUAUUUUGCAGCUGUAGUUUACCUAAUGACAUUAUAUAUAUAUUAUGAAAAUGUUAUGAAGAAAGCAUAUUUAAUGAUUAUGGCUCCUUCCCACACAAUUUACAUGAUGUAAAAAUCAACUGACAUUUUGAAUAGCCAAGAUUUGUAUUUAAAGGGAUAGUUCACCCCAAAAUGAAAAUGUCAUAAUUUACUCACCCUCAAGAUGUUCCAAACCUGUAUGAAUUUCUUUCUUCUGCUGAACAUAAUUGACUUGAUGGUAUGGAGGGGGAAAAAUACUAUGGAAGUCAAAAGAGCCCAUCAACUGUUUGGUUACCCAUAUUCUUCAAAAUAUCUUAUGUGCUCAGCAGAAGAAAGAAAUUCAUACAAGUUUGGAACAACUUGAGGGUGAGUAAAUGGGUGAAAUAUCCCUUUAAACUUCACUUUUUCAAGAUUUGUGUUUAAAUUUUUAUGUCACAAAGCAUAUUUGUUUGAUGUGAACAUUCUCAUUGUUGUCCUAGAGCAACUGUAAGUGAUUUCUUGUGCUACCCACAUGAAAAAAAUACUAUAGUAAUUUAUAGUAAAUACUAUAGUGUUUUUUAACCAUACUAUAGUAAAUUGUACAAACCCGAUUCCAAAAAAGUUGGGACACUGUACAAAUUGUGAAUAAAAAAGGAAUGCAAUGAU